AUGAGCCAAACACGACUCAGAGGGGUGACGACAGAGCCUCUUGAGGCAAACUACAUACCAAGCCUUCAUCAGGCAACUCAGCAGGUGCUCUGGAUUGGAUGCUCUGAUAGCAAUCACAGCGAAUCCAAUAUCUUUAAUCUUCUUGGUGACGAGCUACUCGUGCUUAGAAAUAUUGGCAAUAUUAUCAUUGAUGACGACCUGUCCUCCGAGACUGCGAUAAAACAUGCCGUCGUUGACCUCCAGGUGAGACACAUCGUAGUUUGCGGCCAUUAUGGGUGUGGCAUCGUGAAAGCAGCCUCGAGAGAUGGGUUAAAAGGUCCAUGGCUGUGCAAGCUCAAUUCCCUCUAUGCAGCGCACGAAGAAGAUAUCAAUCAAGCCCCAGUGACGGAACGUGAUCGCUCUUUUGUCGAGUUCAACGUUCUUGAUCAAUUGCGUUCGUUAGGCAAAUUUACCGAAGUGACUGACGCGAUUACGAAGGGGCACUUGCAAAUCCACGGGCUGGUAUAUGAUACAAAGGCUGAGAAGGCCUAUCGGGUGUUGGAAAGGUCGCAAAGCUCUCAGCAUAUGACUUAG